AUGAAAGCCGCCGGCACGAUGUGGAAGCGCAGAAUGGCCGAUUUGGCCCACCAUCUUACCGGCCGCCCGGCAACCUCCGUGCGGCUUUGUGCCGCCAAGACCCUCUUCGAUUGCUCGGCCGUGCUCCGCAACUUGUGCAAGAGGAAGUGUGAUGGGGGCAAAGCUGCCUGGAUGAAGGCACUGGACACUAUCAUGAAGGAUGCCCGCGAGGCAGCCUCGGUGGACCUGAAGAACCACAUGAAGCAGACGGACCGCAAGAACCCCAAGCCUGUUCGUGGCACCGGGCACAAAGACAAGCAGGAGGAAGCUGACCCUGAUCAUUCUGAGAAUGAGAAAGACAGGGAGGAAGCCAGCCCAGAGGCUGCACCGUAUGCCAGCUCCGAGGGGGAGCCGGAUGGGGAGCCGGAUGGGGAGCCGUCGGACGACGAGGACGUUUUCAAGGGGGACUUCGCCGUGCCUAAGGGUUCCGGGGAGAGCGCCUUGCCGAAGCUCCCGGCCAAAAUGCAGGCCAGCCUUGAGAAGAUUAGCCGUGAGGUCCUGGACACUUUGCCCACGGAUCUCUCCCAGGCCGAUGUUGGAUAUUGGGUUGCCUGCCUGGAGAAGGAGGGCUUGCUCGAGAUGAAUCAUUUCGAACUCGGGCUCGAAGGUUGCCUUUCGAACCACCUGGGAGUGGGCAAGCCCCACUUUGCAAAGAUGUCUUUGAGGGCCCGAAAGCUCUUUGAUUCCUGGGCCGAGAAACUGCCCGGUGUGAUUACCCGUGCUUCCGCAUGCCGGCAGCAUUCGUUGUGCCUUCACCCCGAAACUGUCUCGAAAGCUUGCAGCCUGUACCAGCUCCGAGGAACCGGAACCGUUGUCGACACCGGGCCGCCGCACAGCUGCUGCGAAGCCAACCACCUGAGUGGCCGAUUCCCGGUGUGA